CAGUCCAGCAUUUGACAGCUCGGUUUGGGAGGACACAGAAAUGGACGAAAACAGUGUCAAGCUUAAAAAUCUAAGCCAAAACCCUGAAGAUGGCAUCGACAACCAUGCUUUUGAAGUUUUGGAGGAGAAAACUACUGACACAAACAGCAUCAAAAGUCAGCCUGUAAAAUCAGGAAAGAAACUAGGAUCAUACCUCAGUAAGAUUUCCAAGCCAAUUGAUGCCACAGAACAUUACAUCAAGGAUCACUCCAAAAUCUUUAAGUACAUUGUGCUGGGCAUACUUGGAGCAGGAUAUGUGGCGUACUUUAUUGCCGCCUGUGUGCUGAAUUUCCAGAGGGCCAUUGCUCUCGUAGUCCUAACUUGUCUGGCAAUUGCUGCUGUAUCAUACGAACUUGUGAAGAAGCACAAGGGGAAAAGCAUCAGCCGGUGUUUCAAACCCGCAGUUCGAUGCUUCAAAUCCAACCUGAAAUGGCUAAAAUGGGUUUUCAUCCUAGCAGUCGUGGGCCUGCUUGUGGUGUGGCUUGCUUUAGACACACGCAAACGUCCCGAGCAGCUGAUCUCAUUCGGAGGUGUGUGCAUGUUUAUCGUGCUUCUAUUCCUCUUCUCGGCUCACAGGGCAAUGAUCUCAUGGAGGCCAGUGUUUUGGGGUCUGGGACUGCAGUUCUGUAUUGGACUGUUCAUUAUAAGAACCCAACCAGGUCUUGUAGCCUUCGAUUGGCUUGGAAAACAAGUGCAGAUUUUCCUUGACUACACCAAAGAGGGAUCAUCGUUUGUUUUCGGUGACCUGAUUGGCAACAUUUUUGCCUUUCAAGCUUUACCCAUCAUUGUGUUCUUCAGCAGCAUUAUGUCUGUCCUUUACUUUCUGGGUGCAAUGCAGUGGCUCAUUUUAAAGAUCUCAUGGGCUAUGCAGAUAACGCUGGGAACCUCGCCCACUGAGACCUUAAGCGUGGCAGGAAACAUAUUUGUUGGGCAGACUGAAGCUCCGCUGCUGAUUCGACCCUAUUUGAAGGACAUGACCAAAUCAGAGAUCCAUGCUGUUAUGACUGGUGGUUUUGCCACUAUUGCAGGCAGCGUCAUGGGGGCGUUCAUCUCAUUUGGGAUUGACGCGUCUUCGUUGAUAUCGGCCUCUGUGAUGGCUGCACCAUGUGCUUUGGCUAUGUCUAAGCUGUCCUAUCCCGAGACAGAAGAGAGUCAGUUUAAUUCAGAAAAGAACAUCAAAGUGGCUGCUGGAGAUGAACAGAACAUUUUGGAGGCUGCUAGCAGCGGUGCAUCUGCAUCUAUAGGCCUUGUUGCUAACAUUGCAGCUAAUCUCAUAGCAUUUCUUGCUAUCCUGGGCUUCAUAAAUAGCGCGUUGAGUUGGCUUGGAGGUAUGGUCGGAUAUCCUGAAAUCACCUUUGAGUUAAUUUGCUCAUAUGUGUUCAUGCCCAUCACCUUCAUGAUGGGAAUACCAUAUGAUGAGAGUUUCACCGUGGCUGAGCUUAUUGGUACAAAGCUCUUCCUCAAUGAGUUUGUCGCUUAUCAGAAGCUGUCGGAUCUGAAGAGUAACAGACUCAAUGGACUUGAUGAAGUGAUUGGAGGCAAAAGAAUGUGGAUAUCUGUUCGUUCGGAGAUAAUUACAACUUAUGCUCUCUGUGGAUUUGCCAAUUUCAGCUCACUCGGCAUUGUGAUUGGAGGCUUGUCUGCCAUAUGCCCACCAAAAAGAAGAGACAUCUCAGCUCUGGUGGUGAGAGCCAUGAUCACUGGGACUUGUACGUCUCUAGUCAACGCUUGCAUUGCUGGACUCCUCUUUGUUCCCCCACUUGACUGUGUGCAGUUGUUUAAAACGUCUCCCUUCGCUGAUACUGAUGAAAAUAUUAAAAAGUGCUGCCAAGACUUAUUUGAAAGCACCAUAAACAAUGGCACCAUCUGGUUUGAGGAACCUUGGAAUACUGUUCAAAAUGUCACAAUAUUUUUGUCAAACUGUUGCCAGUGUUGUAACAUUAAUGAUGUGUCAGGUUGCAUGUAGACAUGACCAGCACAAAGAAAAAAAUCCUCAUGAAGUUUGCACUUGCAGCCUUUUAAAGCUGCUAAACUUCCUAUAGUAAAAAAAAAAGAAGUAAAUAAAUAAUAAUCUUUGUGAGUUCCACCUGUUGAUGAAGAGGCAACUGUAAUUCAAACAUUAUGCCAAAAAGAUCAAAACUGUUAGAAGGCAUUUUGUGUGGAUCUGUAUUAGGCAGGUUCGUAUUAUUUUUAGUUGAGUAGAUGUUUUCUUUCAAAAGGGAAAAUAUACGUACAUCUGUCAAGGGCAUGAAAAGAAAUGUGAAAAAAGUGGUAAUGUUAGUUUCUUUAAAAGUGUUAAAUUACAAUGCAAGUAGUUUUUCUUUUUGUUGUCAAAAAGAGAAAGUUAUAUCAGCUUGAUUUUCUGUUCAUUUUUAAACACAUAUAAAAGUACAUCUCUGGCAAAGACAAAAGAAAAAUUGGUCUGACUUUUCAUAUUAUUAAGAAUAAUCUUAGAAUAAUCUUAAAAGCAUAAAAAGAUCAAAUAACCCCUUAUUUAGUAUUUUAUUGUUUUGUUUGUUCAGUUAGUUUUUUAUUACAGGGUUUCUGAUAAGAGUCUGAUUACCAAAACAUGCCUAAUUUCAACUAGUAAUUAGCAAAUGUAUUUGGAUUCUUUUUAUUUUCUGCAUGUAGCCCAGCUUCUUUCUAUGCAAGUGUAUAUAUAUAUAUAUAUAUAUAUAGUAGUAGGAAUAGAAAAUGUAAAGGUUUUAAUAUUUGACAUAGGAAAUAUUUUUUGAUCUUUUUUUUAAUUAAAUUUGCUGUAAUUUAAUUUAUUUAACACAAGUGAAGCACUUAUUUUGCUUCAAUAAUUUAUUAAAUCCAAACUUUGGUGAAUGUAAAAAGGUUGAAUUAAAGUGUGUAGCAAAUUUCAAUACUGCUGAUAAUUGCAAAGUUGAAUAUGAACUUCUGAAAAGAUUUGUAAAUAAAACUAAUGCUUGGA